CGCAGUCUCUUUCCGCAACUUUGUGGCCGGCUUGGCGGCGGAGCUCCGUUGCUCCCGGCAGGCAGCGAUGAUGGCGUGGAGAGGGGCGCGGGGCAGCGGGGGUUUCAUGGUCCGGGCAGUGUACGUGGGGCUCACCUGCGGUGUUCUGCUGGGGCUCUUCCUCUACCCUACAGGUGAGGCAGUCUCUCCCUCUCCUCCCUCUCCCCAAAAGUGGGGCGGUAGGAUCAGGCCCCCUAGGGUUCAGAUCUGCACUCAGGCUACAGAUGAAGCAUUCUGGCACCCCAAAAAAUCUUGGUUUGGUUUCAAAAAGGGGGAAGAUAUUAAGUUGUGUAUUUUUCUCUGUAAACCUUAAUUAAUUUUUUAUUUUUUAAAUAAAAUAAAACCAUGGGUAAUUGCGGAACGUUUGUAAGUUCAGUGGUGGAGCAUCUCCAGAGCUGGGAAUCUCCUUUGCCUGAAACCUGGAGAGCAGCUGCUGCCUGUCAGUGCAGACAAUACUAAGCUAGAUGGACCAGUGGGUCUGACUCUGUAUGAAGGCACCUUUCUGUGUAGUAUGCUGAGUGGCCUUAGUCUAGCCCAGGGCGGUCCAACCCUCAGGGACUUUUUUGGCAGCUCUCUGCAAAAUUUUAUAACCCCCCCCCCGAGCUUCCCCACAGUGAUAGAGCUGGGCAGGAGCGUCAAAUUUUGUCCUGCCUGCCCCCCAGCACGCAACAAGGCAGUGUGGGGCUUGUGGGUUCUGUGUCGAAGCACUUUUGUGGCCCACUUGAUAUUAAAAUUUGGGCCACCCUACUCUACAGAGUUAUUGGGAGCGUAAAGGGGUGGGGGUGGGGGAACCAUCUGCCCCUGCCCUACAUUCCCAAGGGGAAGGAAUAGAGGGGGCUAUAAAUAUAACAAAUUUAAAGACGUAAGAACCUAAAAGAGGGUACAAUUUCUUUUUCUCCUUACAUGCCCAGGCUGCAGUUGGUUUUCUUUAUUUGGAAAUAAAUAUACACGAGGGGACUUAAUGCAGAGAGCUGGAGUUGCAAGAUAGUUUGUGGGUUGGGUUGUGACUGAGGGCAGUGGGGUUAAGGGGGGAGCACUUUGCACGUGGUCAGAGGUAAUACAGGUUUUCCUCUUCCUCCUCUAUUUGUUUCCUUUACCAAAAGAUGAAAAAGGGGGAUAUGAAAUGCACAGAUGGAUAGAUUUUACAGCAAUGAUGAAAACAUGGGAAUGUCCUGUCCCCCCAAUAUAAGUAUUUGCCUGGCACUCAAAGGACAAUCAGGGACGCGGGUGGCGAUGUGGUCUAAACCACAGAGCCUAGGACUUGCCGAUCAGAAGGUCAGUGGUUCGAAUCCCCACGACGGGGUGAGCUCCCGUUGCUCGGUCCCUGCUCCUGCCAACCUAGCAGUUCGAAAGCACUUCAAAGUGCAAGUAGAUAAAUAGGUACCGCUCUGGCGGGAAGGUAAACGGCAUUUCCGUGCGCUGCUCUGGUUCGCCAGAAGCGGCUUAGUCCUGCUGGCCACAUGACCCGGAAGCUAUACGCCUGCUCCCUCAGCCAAUAAAGCGAGAUGAGCACCACAACCCCAGAGUCGUCCGCGACUGGACCUAAUGGUCAGGGGUUCCUUUACCUUUACAAAGGACAAUCAUGUUGGAGGUGGGGAGCCCCCAUAGCAAGGCUCUGUUUGUCUCUCUUUCUGCAGCUGCUACCUGCCUUACCUUGGAUAGUGGAGGCUGAUCAGUGGUCCAGGAGGUGCAGGGCUGGCCAACUGGGACACUUCCAAUAGGAGUGGAUGCCUUGCAUCUCUGGGAGCUCAUUCCCAAGAGAUGCUGGGUUGUUUAUGGUCAGAGCCCCCAAAACAGAAUCAUGUACAGUACAUUUUCCCCGUGAUAAUUUCCCUUCUUUUUCAGACCUGCAAAGGCAAGAAGAGCAGGGAGACCUCCUCCAGCCCCUCUUGUUCCUCGCACUGGUUCUCUGCUCCAUGUUGCUGUACUUUGUUGUCUCUCUCAUGGACCCAGGAUAUGUUGAGCAUGAUGAAGAGGAGAAGGUAUGUCAUGGGAAUGGUGUUCUACUGAGUCACUCCAUUAGCCUGUCUGUCUCAGUACAGUGGUACCUCGGGUUAAGAACUUAAUUCGUUCUGGAGGUCCGUUCUUAACCUGAAACUGUUCUUAACCUGAGGUACCACUUUAGCUAAUGGGGCCUCCUGCUGCCGCCGCGCGAUUUCUGUUCUCAUCCUGAGGUAAAGUUCCUAACCCGAGGUACUACUUCCGGGUUAGCGGAGUCUGUAACCUGAAGCGUCUGUAACCCGAGGUACCACUGUACUGACUGGCAGCAGCUCUCUGCAGGGUUUCAGGCAGAGUUCUCCCCCGCUCCCCGCCCUCAGCACAGCCUAGAGAGCUGUUGGGGAUGGAACCUAGAACCUUCUGUGGGCAAAGCUUGAGGUCUACAAUGGAGCUACAACCCUGUGCCCUAAGAAUGAAGUAAGAUUCUAGCCCUCAUUGUCCAGAAUAAAGAGUGGAAUUAAGCAGGAAUUCAGGAAGCUGCCAUAAACAGAGUCACCUAGCUCAUCAUUGUGUACACUGACUGGCAGGAAUGGCUCUCCAGGGUUUUGGGCAGGGGGGACCUCUCCCAACCCUAGCAGGAAAUGCCAUUGGAUACAUUUAAAGCACAUGUCUUCUCCUCAAGAAGCCUGGUUACAGUCAUUUGUUAAAGGUGCUAGGAAUCAUAACUUUCUGUGGGGUAAACCAGAAUCUUUUGGGGGAAGCCAUGGGCUUUAAAUAUGGAGUGUGUGUCACAUUAAAUGCUUUAGACCAGCCUUUCUCAACCUGUGGGUCCCCAGAUGUUGUUGAACUACAACUCCCAUCACCCCUAGCUAGCAAGGCCAAAGCUCAGGGAUGAUGGGAGUUGUGGUCCAACAACAUCUGGGGACCCACAGGUUGAGAACUGCUGCUUUAGACACUCCUCCAUUCCAAUCCCUAAAUGCUUAUAUUCUUUUUUUCCCUUUUCCUUCAUCUGGACUCUUUUUUAUUUUUUUGUUUCUGGUAGGAACCUGUAAGCGAUGAGAAGGAAGCAAUGAACUCCCAGGAAACUCUAAACCUCUGGCUCCGGCGCUGUGGCUACUGCUUGCUGAAGGUAGAUAUUCCUUGAAAAAUAGUCUUUUUCAAAUCUAAAAGCCAAUCAUACAAACUCUUCCAUUGUGGCCUGGCUGGUUUGUUUUGAAAUUUAAAAAAUUCCUUCUGCCAUUUCUGAAUUAAACAGAGAGGGCUGAUUCUCUCCCUGUUUCCUGGCUUCCUCUGUAGAAUUUUAUUCCAUAAUGAAAGAUCCUUUCUCACAGCCAGGAGUGUUAUUUUUACCCUUAUCAGUACUAUGUCAAGGACACUCCACUCAGCUCAAUAGAAAAAAAACAGUACUUCCCGCCUACUCCCUUCCGCUCUCCCACAUUUCUCACAGUUAGGUUUUUGCAAUUAUAUAUUCAGAUCUUUACAACCAUCAACAUCAAAAUAAAAAAGUUUUAAUGUCCAGAGCAGUAGAUUAAUAUUGUUACUUUUAUUUUGAGUUCUAUUUAGUUCAAUAUUAACAAUAAAUAAUCCUCUUCUUUUAAUCUUAAUUUUUGACCAGCUGGUGCCUUUUAGUGAAAUAAUGUGCAAUUAUAAUUCCCUUGGGUUAGACGUCUUCAACAGUUACGGUAAAUAAAUGGGUGUAUCCCUGUUCCAGUCAGUCCCAGAUCUCUCUUUUAAGGUUGCCCCCAGCUGCUGCUGAAAGGAACAUCUGAAGACCUCCCACCAUUAAUCAUUGCAUAUUGCAUCCAUCUCAGUCUGCUAAGGCCUUAUUUGGACGAAAUUUCCUGAUCCUAUGCCAGACCCUCAGCCCAGCUAGGCUCAGUACUGUUGACACACCACCACCAGCUCUUCAAGCUUUCAAGCCAAGUGGUCUUUCCCAAGCCCCUACCUGGAGAUGAUGAUUUAUUUAAAUUAAAUAUAUCAGGGUAGUUCACAACAUGGCAAUGCAAUAUAAAAACACAAAAUACAUGAUAAAAACAUGAACAAUCCCCCCACACACAAACCAACACCCCCUCAACACAUUCCAAACGGAUAUUAGAUGUUAAUCAGCCAAAGGCCUGGUUAAAGAGAAACAUAUUCACCUGGUGUCCAAGAAUAUGUAAUGAGGGCACCAGACACACUUCCCUGGGGAGAAUAUUCUGCAAGCAAGGAACCUCCACUGAAAAAGGCCUGUUCUUGUGUUGCCAUCCUCUGGACCUCUCGUGGAGGAGGCACACAAAGAAGGGCCUCUGUUCUGGUCCAGGGGGGAGGUUACCGUGGGGGGAGGUCCAGGACCUGAGUUGAGGGUCGGCAGACAGUCCUCCUUGGGCGAAGCGGGAUCCACAACGAGAAGCCGGGCAAGGACAGGAACUCUGGGGGAACAGGACUGGAUGCUGGCCGAAACAGCUCUUCAACCUGGGACCGGGCUGACUGGCCUUUAUCUUCUCUGAGGCCAGGGGCGGUCCCGGCCCCCAGGAGACCCGCCUCUCCUGGCCUUAAGGCGAGCACUCCUCCUGGGAGAAACCAGUUCCCUUCACCUCUCUGCCCUGAGCCUCUGCAGUUCAGGAGAGGCUGAAGGGUUACUGGACCCAGGGGGAGACUCACCUGUAGGCACUGAGUCCUCAAACACCUCCGGAGCCAGAGUGGAUUCACCUGGUGCCUGCUCCUGAGGAUCCGGCACGGGUGCAGGCGCUUCAGAAUCAAGGCCCUGCCCCAGUUCAGCCGGCCCUGGAGGCGGGGACUCCUGUGCAGGCUGGGAUUCCUCCGGUUCAGCCUCUGAAUCGGAUUCCCAGGCCAUCACAGCCUCAGAGGAUGAUCUCAGGGUCUGGGUAUGGAGGGAGGUGGUCCUUGACAUAUUGUGGCCCUGAAACUAAGUCAAAACCAGCACAUUGAAUUGGGCUGGGGAACAUUAGCAGCCAGUGCAGUUGAGCCAUGAUCGGUGUAAUAUACUCACACCGUCUUGCCCUGGUGAGCAACCUGGCCACCAAAUUCUGCACCAGCUGAAGUUUGUGAACCAUCUUCAGAGGCAGUCCUAUGUAUAAUGCUGGGGAUUGAACCUGGGACCUUCUGCAUGCUCUGCCGCUGAGCUGUGUCUCUUUCCCUAAAUAUGAACCAAUAUCCCAGUCCCAAUGGUUCUGAAAUAAAGGGUGGCUUACAUAGGGAUACAGAGAGCUGCCUUCUCUUGAAGACUGACCAUAGCUCAGUCUUGUGUUCACUGUCCAUGGUUCUCCACAGUUUCAGGCAGGGGACUUCCUUAGCGUUACCUGGAGAUGCCAUUGGGGAUUGAACCAAUGGGGAUCUUCUACAUGCAAAACAUGUGGCCCAGCACUCAGCCAUGACCCCGCUCCCCUAAAUAUAAAGUAAGAUCCUAGUCCUCUUUGUUCAGAUGAAUGGGGUGCAUUAAAAAGGGACCUAGGAAGCAAUGCCUUAUACAGAGUUAGACCCUUGGACCCAUCUAGCUCAGUAUUGUCAACACUGGCCAGCAGCAGCUGCCUCCUGGGUUUCAGGUGGGGUGGGUGUGGGGUGUCUCUUUCCCAGACCCACCUGGAGAUGAAAAUGUAAGGAAGCACAGAAACACAUCCUGUUCUUUUCUAUCUCACAGCAGCCAAUGAGGGCCAGGCACUGCCAGGCGUGCCGGCACUGCGUCCGGCGCUAUGACCACCACUGCCCCUGGAUUUACAACUGUGUUGGGGAGAGGAAUCACCCAUUCUUCGUCGCCUAUUUGGCUGUUCAGCUUGUGGUUCUCUUGUGGGCGCUGCCAGUGGCCUGGUAAGCAAAGCUUAUGGCGGGAGACCCCCAGACAUUUUUUAUUAUUAUUGGUGUGUGUAUGUGUGUGUGUGUAUGUGUGUAUGUGUAUGUGGGACGUGGGUGGCACUGUGGGUAAAACCACAGUGCCUAGGGCUUGCCGAUUGUAUGGUCGGCGGUUCGAAUCCCCGCGGCAGGGUGAGCUCCCGUCUUUCGGUCCCAGCUCCUGCCCACCUAGCAGUUCGAAAGCACCCUUAAGUGCAAGUAGAUAAAUAGGUACCGCUUUAUAGUGGGAAGGUAAACGGCGUUUCCGUGUGCUGUGCUGGUACCGUCUCGCCAGAGCAGCUUCGUCACGCUGGCCACGUGACCCGGAAGUGUCUCCGGACAGCGCUGGCCCCCGGCCUCUUAAGUGAGAUGGGCGCACAACCCUAGAGUCGGACACGACUGGCCCGUAUGGGCAGAGGUACCUUUACCUUUAUGUGUGUGUGUAACAACCAUAGAACCAUAGAAUCAUAGAACUGUAAAGUUGGAAAGGAUCCUGAGGGUCAUCUAGUCCACCCCCUGCAGUGCAGGAAUCUCAACUAAAGCAUCUCUGUCAGAUGGCCAUCCAACCAAUGCAUAAAAAGCUCCAAUGAGAGAGAGUCCACAAUCUCCGGAGGGUGUCCUUUCCACUGUCAAACAGCUCUUACCAUCAGAAAGCUCUUCCUGAUGUUUAGUCGUAAUUUCCUUUCUCGUAACCAGGGAUGAAAGAAUAGUCAUUCAUUCAUUCAUCCAUCCAUUCAUGGGAACCUCACACAACAUUAAUUGACCCAGACCACACCCCUUUCCUCAAGCCACACUCCCUCACUGCCCUGCUCCACCCACUCAUAGGACUGAGAAUUCUCCCUUGAUUGUCUUGAAUGUCAGAGGUGUUAUGGAUAGGAAACUCUUGAGCAGUGCAUGGCUUAAUGGAGCCUACUCUACAGAGGUACAUCUGUUGCCCCACCCAUUUUGGGCCCUUGGCCAUCCCAGAUCCAAGGAUGCAUCCCGUGGAAGGAUGCCUGCGAGGAAAUGCAGCCCUCCAGCUGGGAAAAAAGGUUCCCUGCCCCUGAUGAAAGGAAUGCAGCUAGAUCUGAGGCACUUUCUAAAGGAUGUUUCAAAGUUAAGACAAUAUCACCCGCGAAAGCUUUGUUUUUAUAAUUUUGUGAAUCUUGCAAUAACUCUGAUGUUGUUCUUUUUUUUCCCCCUCCACCACUAAAAAAAAAAGGUCUGGGCUUGAUUUUGAGCAUCCCUCAUGGGCAUGGUUUCAGUAUAACCUUCUCCUCCUUCUCUCCUUCCUCGUGGUUGCCAUUUUCACUGUGGUGAUGAUUCUGCUCCUGGGCUGCCACCUCUACCUUGCCUCCCACAACACCACCACCUGGGAGUUCAUGUCCCGUCACCGCAUCUCCUACCUGAGAGAUUGUGAAGUGGAAAACCCCUUCGACCGAGGAAUCUUCCUCAACCUCUGGCAGUUCUUCUGCGCCUGCCGCCUCAUCGCCUGGGAAACCCUGUACGCCGAAGUGGGAGGCCACACCGUGUGAUCGUGGGCUGGGUGACAGCACCCAACCCAGGACUAAGAGAGAGAAAGCUGUUAGCUGGGUGGAAGCAGAUGUUUGUUUAUUCUUGCAGCAGCUAUGGAACUGAGGGGAGAGGCUCACUUUUGCCAGUAGCUUUCCUACAUAUUUCAGCAAAAUAUGUAAAAAAACGGCCUUUCCCCAUAAGCCAAGCCGGAGCUGUUCUGAGGUGUGUCCUUUGAGAAAGUGAACCCCGCAGACCCUGCUUUCAGACCUUGCUGCUCAAACAGCUUUUGGGGGAGAGAGAUGGGCAGGGAAGCUAGGAAGCCUGGUCCAUUUGGGAGAGUGGGCUGCUGCCCAACCAGCCUCAGUCUGCCCCCCACGUGCCUUCCUUAAACCCCAGCAAGGAGUGGCUCUGCUUGUCCUUGGCUUUGGUUGCACUUAUCAUGGCGUCCCUGCCUCCUGCCCCAAUGGGCCCCAGCCACCACGGAUGGACCAAGAGGAGGAGGCCAUAUAUUGAAGACCUAAAGUCUUGUUGGGGUGGUACUUGGGGUUUUGUUUGGGGUGGGGCAGGGUGUGCCUUCUGUCAAGGCUGGGCUCACUCUUUUUUAAAACAAAGAGCUAUGUUCCCAGUAUUCCUCCAGCAUUUCACGGCGUGCCUUCAAGAAGUAGAUCUCAGGGACUAAAGCUUUGUUUAAUAAUUCUUGAGGUCCUCUUGGGAGCCUCUCCUCAGGAGAGGAGUUUAAACCUGUUUCUGCUUCUUCAAUAGGGGGGGACAAUUUUUACAUGCUCCAUUUUUACAUUCUGUUUCUGUAAUCCAAUAAAAUUUUACAUUAUUAAAAGCUUAAACC